AGGGAGGACACGGGGGUGUGAGGGAGGGACAGAACAGUGAGGUGUGAGGCAGGCGCCCGGAGCUCCACUACCACCAGUGGUUCAGCAACCGGUCACCAGUAGAGAACGCUCGGGCUCCUCACCAGAUCAACUCUUCCAGUUUUUGUAGGGUUGUGUCAGUGGCUGAGUGAGGAUGAAGGUGUGGCUGGCAGUGUUGGUGGUGGUGAUGGCCACACUCUCUAUGGCCUUCCAACCCCGACGCAUCAUGUUCGCUCGCUGCUCCUCUGAGGAGAAGAUGCCGAGGGCCGUGUUCAUGACAUGUGCCAACCGGCGGGGUGUGUGUGAGGUGAGGGUCGGUAAUACGCACAACCUGAGGGCCAUCUUUAUACCCGAUAUCAACGCAACUGAUGUGGACUCCUACGUUCGCUGGAAUUCUUGGUUCGAGGUGCCGCUUCCUGGCCAGAAGCGGGAUGCCUGUAACGGCAAUAUAGACUGUCCAGUCGUCGCCGGGCAUGUUACUCGAUUUACCUACAUCCUCGACAUCCAAGAUUUCUGGCCUAGGGAUGAGUACCCUGUUGUGUGGACACUGAGCGACAAGGACACCGACAACACCAUAAUGUGCUUUAAGUUCAAGAUCAACAUUGUGUAGAAGCCAAAUGCCACUUCACAACCUCAGACACAGCCUCGAGGCCACACAAGACAAUUACUAGCCUCGACAUCACCUCUUCAAAUUAUGGAGCAAUAUUUCCUAAAUAACUUGAGACUGCAUGAAAAUCAAGAUAAUCUGAAAAAUAGACAGGAUUGGGAGCAUACUGAACUGUCAGAUACAUGGGCAAGAGGAAGUAAAAAUAAAUACCGUAAAUAAAACGACUAUGAGCAGUCCGCAAAAUAGUCAUGGCAUGUUCAGCACCAUUGGCAACUUAUAGGUCAACUGGGAUUGAAUCUGACAAACUAAUGCCACUUGAGCUGACACCACUGACUAGCUGUAUAUGUACAGAACAAAGGACAAACGUUUGAUUUGUAUCAAACAUUCCUAACUACUGAUAUUUAGUAAUUUAGAUUUUAAAUAAAAAAAAAUUGUUUUAACAACUUUAUGAGAUCAUAUAUUUCUUUAAUAUGUGAAAUGUAUGUUUUAUAUUAAAGUUUUCUAAGGCACGA